AUGGGUGACCCCUGGGUCUUGAAUGGGGCAACUGUGCCCCUGAAAGACCUGGUGCCCCUGAAGGACGAGGUGCUCAGUUGGUCAGCAUGGGACACCACACCAGUCCUCUCCAUCUUGUUUGCAACCCAGGAGAUCACCCGGUAUCUUAAGCAUUUAGCCAAUGUCACCCUGGGCUAUAGCAUCUAUGAGGCCGCUUUUGAUGUCAGGACAACUGCCGAUGCCAUGCUAGACAGUAUUCCAAACUACAGCUGUGGAAGACAGAAUAAAGUGUUGGCUGUUUUUGAAGCAACUUCUUCUGAAAUCCCCAGCCAGAUUUCAAGCAUGUUAGGCAUCUACAAAAUGGCGCAGAUCAGUUUUGGCUCUGCUGCUCAGGAUCUGAAUGACAAAACUCAGUUCCCUUUUAUCUACCGGAUGAUCCCCAAAGAAGAAACCCAGCACAUGGGGAUUGUCAAAUUGUUGUUGCAUUUCGGGUGGACAUGGAUCGGUCUCUUUGUUCCAGACAAUGACAAUGGAGAAAGGUUCCUGAGUGCUUUCACACCUCCGCUGAUCCACUGUGGGAUUUGUGUUGCUUUCUUGGAAAAAUUUCGGAUUUUGUCCCUGCGACAAAUGUCAUCCUUACAUUGUAAAGCUUCGGACUUGAGAAAAGUCAAGGUGUUUGUUUAUUAUGGGGACUCUGAACAUGGAAUUUAUCCAAUCAUGAUUUUACAAAGCAUUCCUCAAGUCAGGGAAUCUCAGGGUAUAAUCUGGAUCACAACAGAUCUUAUGGACAUUGACGAUAUGUUGUUUCGUAACAUGCAUUCUUUCCCACCUGCCCAAGGUUCUUUGUCCUUUGUAAUGAAUACCAAAAAAAGAAGAGAACGUGGCUACUAUACUCGACUAUCAUUUGCAACUGAAUCUGCAUCUGUACAGUUUUGGGAGAAAGCAUUCAAUUGUUCAUGUUCAAAGGAUGUGCUGCCCAUGAUGGGUUGGACAAGAUGCACAGAAAAGGAACUACAGGAAACUUUGUCCCAGGAGGAGAUGGAGGCAAUCUGGUCUCAAGACCGCUAUAGCAUUUACUACAGUGUCCAGUUUGUGGCUCAGGCCCUAAAUGCUGCAUAUUCAUCCAAAUCCAAAUGGAAGCUUCACACUUUCUUGAAAGAAAUUUGGCUUUCCAAUUCAUCCAUAGGAGGGAUGUAUUCUGAUCAGAAUGGGGAGCUGACUGCCAACUUUGAUAUCAUGAACUGGGUCAUAUUUCCCAAUAGAUCUCACAGCAGAAAGAAAGUUGGGAGCAUCGAGGGACAGGCAUCCUCAGAUGCAAAGCAUUGCACCAGAUGCCCAGAAGAUCAGCAUGCAAAUCAAGCGCGAGACAAAUGUUUCCCCAAGACUAUAACAUUUCUCACUUAUGAAGAAUUCUUGGGGAUUGUCCUGGUUUCCUUUGCCAUCUUCUUGUCCUUAACCGCUGGUGUGGUCCUAGGAAUCUUCGUUAAAUACAAGGAAACUCCCAUAGUCAAAGCUAACAAUCGGGAAUUAUCCUAUAUACUCCUUAUCUCCCUCCUGCUUUCCUUUUGGUCCUCCUUCCUGUUCAUCGGCCGGCCAAGGAAAGUCACCUGCCUUCUCCGACAAACAGCAUUCAGCAUCAUCUUCUCAGUUGCUGUCUCUUCUGUUUUGGCAAAAACCACCACUGUGGUGCUGGCUUUCCUGGCUACAAAGCCAGGGAACAAGAUGAGGAGAUGGCUGGGGAAGAGCCUGGCCAACUGCAUUGUCCUUUCCUGUUGUGGUAUGCAAGCUGUCAUCUGCACCAUCUGGCUGGGAAUCUCCCCACCCUUCCCAGACUCUGACCUACACUCCCAAGCUGCAGAGAUCAUCCUUCUAUGCAAUGAAGGAUCUGUUGCCAUGUUCUACACUGUCCUUGGCUACAUGGGCUUCCUGGCUGCAAUCUGCUUCACGGUGGCUUUCCUAGCCAGGAACCUUCCAGGGUCCUUCAAUGAAGCCAGGCUGAUCACCUUCAGCAUGCUGGUCUUCUGCAGUGUUUGGGUGUCUUUUGUGCCCACCUACCUGAGCACAAAAGGGAAGUUCAUGGUAGCCGUGCAGGUCUUCUCUAUGUUGGCCUCCAGUGCUGGGCUUCUGGGCUGCAUCUUCCUUCCCAAGUGCUACAUUAUCAUACUCAGGCCUGAUCUGAACACAAAAGCACAUCUAACUACAAAAUGCAAAGAUGGUAGUAUCUGA